CCACUGCACUUCGCUGCUGCGUACGAAGAUCCUAUCCUCUGUGAAAUGUUGCUUAGUGCGGGUGCCAAUCAGGACGGGAGGGAUUGGUAUGGAAACACUCCGCUCAUGCAUGCUGCCUUGCAUGGUAGGCUUGUCAACAUGUUUCGACUGAUUGCUAGUGGAUCGCUUGUGAAUGCCAAGAAUAAGUAUGGAAACACCGCUCUUCACCUUGCCGCCAUGAAUGACAAGUAUAAAUCGAUUCAGAUCUUGCUGGAGAAAGGUGCAUGGAUCAACCCCAGGAACGCCAAGAACGAAACCCCCCUGCACUAUGCUGCCAUGUCAGGGAGCGACCUCAGUUGCAGGAUGCUGCUCCGACAUGGCGCGAACGUGUACGCUCGCAAUGCGCGUGGUGAAUCUGCCAUCGCCAUGGCUGUGAGGGAAAACAAUUUCGAAGUGGUUGAA